AUGGAAAUCGAAAGCACCCUGAAUAACAGACUGUUGACGUAUCAGGGAGAAAAUCCGGACGAAAUUGUCCCGAUACGACCCAUAGACUUUGUGCAGAACAAGCUUGUCAUCACAUAUUCCUUCGAUGAUGAUGACCUCGGAAACAGGGAGGACCCCAACUUUUUACCACCCGAAGAAGCUGCUCAACUUAGGACUCAAAACGAAGCAAAAACAGCCCUGCACGCUUCGCAGAUGCUCACAAACAGAUUUUGGAAGCUGUGGAAAGACAGCUAUUUGACGUCAUUACGGGAGCAGCAUCGAAAACAUCUACAUCAAGGGACGGAGAAUCCAAAUCAAAUAGGCCAAGUCGAGCUCAGAAUGCCACGGAAAAGUGACGAAGAGACCGGUAAACAAUCUCAUACCACUAGAAUUAUGGAUUCGGAUCCCGGCCACGAACACAUACCAACCCACGAAAACCGACCCACACCCACCGAACUUCCAAGCGAACCCUCAUCCGAAACCUCAGGGCGCCCCAAACGAAACCCCUCCAAACAGUACCCGUACAGCCCCGAAGAGUGCGAAAUCAACUCCAUUAGUAUAGACGAAAAAUCAGUUAUCCAGUCGAAUACGUCCAUUUUCAGGAUGCAGCAGGAGCAGCAACAUAUCGUUGAUUCUUUCCUGCACAGGUUUGCCGAACGCCGGUCGAUGUUUAACGAAGACGAAUUGAAACGACGAGAGUCGAAGACUUCUAAACUUCAGGACAAUGCCAGUCACUACGAACCCGUACCACAGAAAGCAAAGCCAUUACUUGACAAGAAGAACGAACUUUUAGCCACGAUAACUGUUCUGAAACAACGUUGGGAACAAGUUCAAGUCGUCUCUAGCCUCCUGUGGGAGGUGUACGAUAAACUGGCCGAAGACGAUCCCCUUAUUCUCUUCAGUCGACAAGCAUACGAACGAAGGCCAAGAGAGGGAGGACGUCUCAAUUCCAAAGAAGUCAACGGUAACGUCAUCCGCGAUCAUUUGAACAAACUCAAGAACACUCAAGGAAUACUGAAAUUUCUUACGAUUGAUCCAUUCUUGAAUCUAUAUAUCGAGAAAGACGAAGAAGAUCCAUAUGUGACCGAAGACGCAGAUAUCCACACGAAACUCGACGACAUCGAAAAACUUCUGCAAAGACUCAUCGAAGACACGAACACCACCAAGCAAUCUCCGGAUAUCGAAUCCAUUUUGCGAAAGCUACACAGAAUCGAAUCGAUGCUUCUGGAAGAAAAGGCAAAACGAACCGAAGAAACCACCACACAGCAAUUACUUCACAUCACAACGUUGAUAAAAAAAUCUCGAUAA